AGGGCGGCACCGAGAAUGCCCCUGCCCGCGGCCCGGUCCGGUUCUGGGCACAGCAGCAUGUCAUGGUUUAGUGGCCUCCUGGUUCCCAAAGUGGAUGAACGGAAGACAGCUUGGGGCGAACGCAAUGGGCAGAAGCGCCCACGCCAUGGGACUCGGGCCAGUGGCUUCUGCGCACCUCGCUACAUGAGCUGCCUUAAGGAUGCCGAGCCACCCAGCCCCACUCCCGCGGCUCACACGCGGUGCCCCUGGCAGGAUGAGGCCUUCAUCAGGAGGGCUGGCCCAGGCAGGGGUAUGGAGCUGGGGCUGCGGUCAGUGGCCUUGGGUUUCGAGGACACUGAGGUGACAAACCCAGUGGGGACAGCUGAAGUGGCACCUGAUACGUCGCCCAGGAGCAGUCAGUCCUGCUGGCACCGUCUCGUGCAGGUUUUCCAGUCUAAGCAGUUCCGCUCCGCCAAGCUGGAGCGCCUGUACCAGCGGUACUUCUUCCAGAUGAACCAGAGCAGCCUCACACUCCUCAUGGCCGUGCUUGUGCUUCUCGCGGCCGUGCUCUUGGCCUUCCAUGCUGCACCCGCCCGGCCUCAGCCUGCUUAUGUGGCCCUUCUCACCUGUGCCGCCACCCUUUUUGUGGCGCUCAUGGUAGUGUGUAACCGACAUAGCUUCCGCCAGGACUCCAUGUGGGUGGUAAGCUAUGUGGUUCUGGGCAUCCUCGCAGCUGUGCAAGUCGGAGGUGCCCUGGCAGCCAACCCACACAGCCCCUCGGCAGGCCUUUGGUGCCCGGUGUUCUUCGUCUACAUCACCUACACGCUCCUUCCCAUCCGCAUGCGCGCAGCAGUAUUCAGUGGCCUGGGCCUUUCCGCCUUGCAUUUGAUUUUGGCCUGGCAGCUCAACCGUGGUGACCCCUUCCUCUGGAAGCAGCUCGGUGCUAAUGUGGUGCUCUUCCUCUGCACCAACGUCAUCGGCAUCUGCACACACUACCCUGCUGAAGUGUCUCAGCGCCAAGCCUUUCAGGAGACCCGAGGUUACAUCCAGGCUCGCUUGCACCUGCAGCAUGAGAAUCGCCAGCAGGAACGGCUGCUGCUAUCGGUGUUGCCCCAGCAUGUUGCCAUGGAGAUGAAAGAAGACAUCAACACGAAAAAAGAAGACAUGAUGUUCCAUAAGAUCUACAUCCAGAAGCAUGAUAAUGUCAGCAUCCUGUUUGCAGACAUCGAGGGCUUCACCAGCCUAGCCUCCCAGUGCACUGCGCAGGAGCUGGUCAUGACCUUGAAUGAGCUCUUUGCCCGGUUUGACAAGCUGGCUGCGGAGAAUCACUGUCUGAGGAUCAAGAUCCUAGGAGACUGUUACUACUGCGUGUCAGGGCUGCCCGAGGCCCGGGCAGACCACGCCCACUGCUGUGUGGAUAUGGGAGUGGACAUGAUCGAGGCCAUCUCGCUGGUGCGUGAAGUGACAGGUGUAAAUGUGAACAUGCGUGUGGGCAUCCACAGUGGACGUGUACACUGCGGGGUCCUUGGCCUGCGGAAAUGGCAGUUUGACGUGUGGUCCAAUGAUGUGACCCUGGCCAAUCACAUGGAGGCUGGGGGCCGGGCCGGUCGUAUCCACAUCACUCGGGCCACACUGCAGUACCUGAAUGGGGACUAUGAAGUGGAACCAGGCCGUGGCGGUGAGCGCAACGCAUACCUCAAGGAGCAAUGCAUCGAGACCUUCCUCAUCCUGGGCGCCAGCCAGAAACGGAAAGAGGAGAAAGCCAUGCUGGCCAAGCUGCAACGGACACGGGCCAACUCCAUGGAAGGACUGAUGCCACGAUGGGCGCCUGACCGUGCCUUCUCCCGGACCAAGGACUCUAAGGCGUUCCGCCAGAUGCCCCCUGACCCCUGUUUUACUGACGAGGGUUUGAAGCAAUUUGUCCUGGCCCGUUUAGCUGCUAAUUUAUAUGAGCAGAGGGCUUCCUCCAAUGAGACUUUUGAUGGGCUGGACUGCCCAGCCGUAGGGAGGGUGGCACUCAAAUAUAUGACCCCUGUGAUUCUGCUGGUCUUUGCCCUGGCACUGUAUCUCCAUGCACAGCAGGUGGAAUCAACUGCCCGCCUGGACUUCCUCUGGAAACUGCAGGCAACAGGGGAGAAGGAGGAGAUGGAGGAGCUCCAGGCGUACAACCGACGGUUGCUGCAUAACAUUCUGCCCAAGGACGUGGCCGCCCACUUCCUGGCCCGAGAACGCCGCAAUGAUGAGCUCUACUACCAGUCGUGUGAAUGUGUGGCUGUCAUGUUCGCCUCCAUUGCCAACUUCUCUGAAUUCUACGUGGAACUCGAGGCAAACAAUGAGGGCGUCGAGUGCCUGCGGCUGCUCAAUGAGAUCAUUGCCGACUUUGAUGAGAUCAUCAGCGAGGAGAGGUUUCGGCAGCUGGAGAAGAUCAAGACGAUCGGCAGCACCUAUAUGGCUGCCUCCGGGCUGAAUGCCAGCACCUAUGAUCAGGUGGGCCGCUCCCACAUCACUGCCUUGGCAGACUACGCCAUGCGGCUCAUGGAGCAGAUGAAACAUAUCAACGAACACUCUUUCAACAAUUUCCAGAUGAAGAUUGGGUUGAACAUGGGUCCGGUUGUGGCAGGUGUCAUUGGGGCCCGGAAGCCACAGUAUGACAUCUGGGGAAAUACAGUGAAUGUCUCCAGUCGAAUGGACAGCACAGGGGUUCCUGACCGAAUACAGGUGACCACGGACCUAUACCAGGUUCUAGCUGCCAAGGGCUACCAACUGGAGUGUCGAGGGGUGGUCAAGGUGAAGGGCAAAGGGGAGAUGACCACCUACUUCCUCAAUGGGGGCCCCAGCAGUUAGCAGAGUGCAGUGAGAUUCAGCUGAAGGGACCAAGGUGGGCACUGAGUGGACUUCCUGCUCACUGGUGGAGCUGCUGCAGGGGCCACUGGGCCUCCAGAUCUUGCUGACAGCAAAAGGGACCACCCCAGCAGGCUGUGCUUGGACCAUGUUCGUCUGCCUUCAAAAUGGCGAAGGAGGGGACGCCAAGAGGAUUAUCCAAGUGACUUUCUCAGCUGGGGUAGGGGCUGUUCGCUCUCCUCAUUUUUGGAAGCAGAUGGGAGGGCGGCAGAAGAAGCCAGGUAGCCCUCCUGUCUGAGAGAGUCAAAUGGCAACUCGCUAUGCCUACUGUUCCCCUGUUUGGGCAACAGGCUCAGGGCUGGGUCAUUCCUUUCUCUAUUUUUCCUGGGACUCUUUUGUACAAAGACUGGGGCGGGCAUGAGGAAUGCCUAUUCCACGCUUGCCUUUGCCUGACUGUGUCCUCAGCACCGGUCCUGGGCACUCCCAACCCCAGCCAAGUUUCCUUCCUAGGCACAAAGCAGAGGAAGGAGGUACUGUGGGGACCUAGCUCUGACCACAUUUCAGGGGAAUGUUUCCAUUUGCCAAACCCUAGUCCCAUGAUCUGUCCCCAAAGGGGAACAAAGGGACCUCUGAUAGCGCAGAUUUAGCUCCAGUUCCUGCACGCUCCAGGGAAAGGGGUAUCUGGCCUCAUUGGUACUGUGAAAAUGACCAGCCAGAGAGCAAACCUAUGUGUGGGGACAUCAGAAGAUCAGGAGCUAGACGUUCACCUGCAGGUGACGAAGAGUGCAGGCGGCCAGGGAAGAGGAUGGCCACCCUGACCUGAGGUUCCAGUGUGGCCAGGUCAGCGCCCUUGGCCGGAAUGCUCACUUGCUGUCUGCUGGCAAGGGGGCAUGGAGCAUCUCUACACCUUGUAUUGCCAAAUAGAAAAGAGUCAGGGUUCCAAGAAAGAUGACCCUGACCCCAAACCUGGCCUCCUAAGUCUGGCACUAGGGAGGGCCUGUGCAUUUGUGUAACUGUGUGUGCAUGUUGCUUUUCGUGUGUGUAUGUUUUCUAGGUCUCUGUGUGUCCGUGUGCUGCAGCUCAUCAGCUCCCUACUCGGGGCUGCCUCUCUUCUGGAGGCCUCUGCCUUCUGUUGUUAAGGCGGGGUUUUCUGUUUGAAGGGAUGGAGAGAAAAGCCCAGGUUGCACAGGAGUGGGAUGGGGUUUGGGAGCAAAAUGAAGAGUGGUCUGGGGAGAGGAGUCCUUGUUGUGCCAAAUCCCUAAGUGCCAUUUGGGGGCCACUUGUGCAGUAUGACUGUCUCCUUGCCCAGUGCAGGGGCCCCAAGUACCUGCUUAAUCUCUAGUGUUCCUUGCACUUGAACUGUUGAAGGUUUGUGAGGCGGAGGCUCAGUCACUCCCUGGGUACCUCAGCUUGUCUCUUGGGGUAUGCUAUACUUUCUGACUGGGGUAGUGUGGGAUCGAUCGCUCUGAGGACCCAGAUUUUGGUACUAGAGGAUGGAGCCUGGGAAAUGUAAACUUGCCUUUCCCAAGCCUUCAGCCUGAAUCUAGCAUGGCUAGUCUCUAGUUCUGGCUCCCAUCCCAAUCCUCAUGAAACCUACAAGGAUUGUACUCUGUUCUCUUCCUGUCCCCGCCUUCCUUUCACCCCCUGCAGCCUCCUUGACUCUGGGCUGAAUUAGUUGGUGCCUUGGUUUAUCUGUCUGCACCUAUUUUAAGCCAGAGGCAUACGCCUCAGUUUCGACUGAAGAUCACUUUGUCUUAGACACUGACAAGGAGAAAGGGUUCCAUGGGGGAAUGGGAGGGGCUGGCAGAACUCUGGCCCUGCCUCAUGCUUCUGCCACUAGUUCUCUGCAGAGGCCUGGCUUCUGGCUUGGUACCGCCUUCCUGGAGAUCUCCAUAUUCCAGUUGAUGGAUCACUGGGCGCUUGAUUGGCCAAAGCAGGGAAGAGGAAAGAUUAGCUGGUCUAGGCAGAAAAUUCCUCCAUCUCCUCCAGCUAUAUCCCUGGAUAGGAAGGGACUACUUGAUGCCAUCAGGGUGGGAGUGAGUAAGCCAGUAUGGGAAAACCUCAGCUUUGGGUGAUCUGUCUGCUUCUUGCCAGGUGGGAGGGGCCUGUCCACACCCUGGCUCCCUGUACCACAGUGCCAGCCAUGUCCUUCCCCUGAGUUACCGUUGCCCUUCUCCUCACUGGUUGGUGAAGGAGUUGGGAUAACAGGAGGCCAUGGGCUUUGGUUUUAUAAUGUAACCACUGUGGGAGUGGGGGAGGAUGGUGUACCGUGUAUUUCAGUGAAAUAUUUAAUAUAUUUAAAUAUCAAUAAAAUCAAACUCUUUGUAAAAAAAAAAAAUAUA